CGGACGAGGACGCGAUUGUGGCGGAAGGCGGACACGCGUUUCAGGCGUGUUGGAUGACAUCAGCCGCAUCCUGGCACCGCGCUGCCGCUAAAACCUGCGACUGGCCGGGGGAGGAGGGCGUCGAGUGCAUCGUGCUCUGAUACCGACCACCACCGCCGCCUCCCGCCCCGCCGUCGUCGUCGUCGGGCCCGUCUCAGUCUGCACGUCGCCGGCAGGAUCGUCUCGCUUAGCCCGCAAGGUUUGAUCGCGCCCUCGCUUGCGUGCCCGGCACAAGUGUUGAAUUUUCUCCGCGCCGAUCGUCCUGCCCACAAACGGAUAAGAACAGAGCCACUGUUGCCUCCGCCGCGCACGACUCCUUCACGACUUUCUCUGCCUCCUCUCACGACCGCGCCCGACGUCGAGCCCUUCGACGACGGCGGCAACGAUGAACAUCCCUACCUCCGCGGCGACCUCGCCGCUGUUCGUCCUGCGCAUAGUAUCACCAGCUCUCGUGCUCUUGUCUGCGCUGUCCAUCGUCUUCACCCGUCCGUCGCCUCCCCAGUCUCCGUCACCCAUCACUUCGGUAGUCAUCGCCAGCCGUACGCCUCGUCGAGCGACCAUCCUCGCCCUUCUAUCACUGUCUGGUCUUACCUUCUUCCUUGACGGCCUUACCUUUGUCGUCUAUGCUGUGCUGCGCAAGGUGUGGCCCGCAUACACGGGCAUUGAAGUCAAUGCUAUUCUUGGUUUGGUUGCGUUUUUCGGAUUGGCCGCUCUUGGAGCAUGGAAAGACGUCCAAGGCGUCGAUGUCUGGUCAUUGGGCAGGCUCAAGCUAAGCAUCCUUGUGGCCGUUGUCUUGGAUCUUGUGCAGGUCACUCUGCUCGGUCUGUCUCUUCACGGACCUCUUUCCAUUGAAUCCAUCCUCCACUUCGUCUUCCCCGUCUUCCGUGUCCUGGUCCUUGCACCGCUGUUCUUCGCGCUUCUUCUCCCCCGCGUCGCUUAUGUGCCUGUGCACAACGGCAACGAGCCAUCGCGAAGCGAGACCAGCCUGCUUCUCCCUGCGGAGGAAGGCGCUGCGCCUUCCACCGGCCUCGCACCCGUCUCUGUUGAAAACGGCAAGUAUGGCACGUUCCGCCCGACGGCGCGUUCGACGCUGCACGCGUCUGGCCCAACCACGCGUUCGCAUACACCGGCACCAUCGGUCGCGGUUCCGUCAAAGGGUAGGGAUGCUAAGGAGGAGGUUGCGCUCGACCCCUCUUGGGGCGAGAUCAUCGCUCGCAUCAGGCGCAUCUCUCCCUAUCUCUGGCCCUCAAAGAGCAUUGCUCUCCAGACCCUUGCUAUGUUGUGUAUCGUGGUUGUGAUCGUGGGCCGUGUCGUGAACAUCCUCGUGCCCUCGAUCUUCGCCGAGCUCGUGCACAUGUUCGAGGAGGGAGCAUACACGGCCAAGAUCUGGGUGUAUCUCUUUGCGUAUGUCGGCGUGCGCUUCCUGCAGGCCAGCGGUGGUUUGUCUGCCCUGCGCGAGACGCUCUGGGCCCCAGUCAUGCAGUAUUCGGAUCGAGAAAUGUCGCAGCUUUCGUUUGAGCACUUGCUCAACCUGUCCUUCGCAUUCCACCUCCGCCGCAAGACAGGCGAGAUCCUGCGCAUCCUCGACCGCGGUGCGGCCAUCAACCGCGCCUUCGAACUGCUUCUCUUCAAUGUCAUCCCGACGUUCAUCGAUAUUGCCAUCGCACUCGUUGUGUUCUGCGUCUACUUUGAGUGGACGCUCACGCUGGUCGUCUUUCUCGUCAGUGCUGCUUACGUUUCUGCGAGUGUUAUCCUCACGAGGUGGCGGACCAGGCUGCGGAGGCAGAUGGUUGACCGUGAUGUGAUCACUCGUGGUAUUCAUACCGACUGUCUACUUAACUACGAAACCGUCAAGUACUUCUGCGGUGAGCAGCACGAGGCGGAGCGCUACCGUGAUGCCAUCCGGUCGUACCAGACUCUGGAGUACAAAGUCAUCCUCUCCUUGAACCUGCUCAACCUUGUGCAGAACUUCAUCAUCACUCUUGGUCUUCUCGUUGGUUCGAUGAUCGUUGCGCUGAGAGUAACUCGGGGACAAUCUGAGCCCUACCAGUUUGUCUUCUUCAUCACGUAUCUGGCCCAGCUGUACGGUCCCUUGAACAUGCUCGGCACGAUCUACCGGUCGAUCAACCAGACGCUGGUUGACACUGAGAAGCUACUCAAGCUGCUCAGUGAGCCGACGGACGUGAAUGACAAGCCGAACGCACCUGACUUGAUUGUCACGAAUGGCGAAAUCGAGUUCGAAAACGUCAGCUUCUCGUACGACGGUCGCAGCGCCCUCAGCAACAUCUCGUUCAAGGUUCCCAAGAAUUCGUCUGUCGCACUCGUCGGCGAGUCCGGUGGUGGAAAGUCGACGGUGCUCCGUUUGCUCUACCGGUUCUAUGACCUGAAGGCGGGCGACGGACGCAUCUUGAUCGACGGGCAGGACAUUCGCGACGUGACCCAGCUGAGCUUGCGCAAGGCGAUCGGUGUCGUCCCCCAGGAUAGCGUCCUCUUCAAUUCGAGCAUCGCGUACAACAUCGGGUACGGCAAGUUUGGCGCGACCCCAGAGGAGAUCGAGGCUGCGGCCAAGGCUGCUCAGAUGCACGACAGGAUCACGAGCUUCCCUGAUGGCUAUGACACCAGGGUCGGCGAGAGGGGCGUCAGGCUGAGUGGAGGAGAAAAGCAGCGCGUGGCGAUUGCGCGGACGCUCCUUAAAAACCCGCCCAUCCUCUUGCUUGACGAGGCGACCAGUGCGCUGGAUACGGCUACCGAGAAGGACAUCCAGAAGGCUCUGCAGCACCUCGCGGAGGGACGGUCGUCAUUGGCGAUUGCACACAGGCUUUCGACGAUUGCGACCGCUGAUCUGAUCCUUGUGCUGAAAGAUGGACAGAUCGUUGAACAAGGGAACCACAGCGAACUGCUCGCGCUCAAUGGCGUAUUUGCAAAGAUGUGGUCUGCCCAGGUGCAGGGUGCCGAGGACGUGCCGCAGAAUGGUUCCCACCAGAAGGAGGCCGUGAGUGGGUACUCCGUCGAGGACCCUGCAACGAAGGAGGGCGCAGAGCCUACGGUUGAGCACUUCGUGGACUCGCCUGGCGCUGUGGAUGCCGAGCUGACGCAGGUCGAGGCCGAGGGUGGGCACGAGGCCGACGAGGGUACUUCUGGGGACGAUGUCGCGGAUACUCCGGCGGUAGUGCCCGAUGCGGACGCGACCGAGGCUCCAUCGAGUACCGCACAGGACGAGGCUGGUGCAGAGGUCUCCGCGCCCAGUGCCGCUGAGCACUCGCAAGAGGCUACCACUACCACGGUGGGUGGGGAGGAUCAGGCUUCUGUGGCCUUCCCCUUCACCACUGCGGAUGGAGCGCGCCCCUCAGCUGAUAACACGGCCCCUGUGGCCUUCCCGGGUUCCGAUGCGGCUGCUCCUGUAACGUUCCCGGGUGGCGACGAUGCCACGUCCCAAAAGGCUAUGUCGAUUCCUGACCGUGCGCAGACGCCUCAGCAGGCAUCCGGCGUGACCUUCCAGGACGCCCAGUCGCUGCCCCACUCAGGGGCCACCAGCCCGGAUCCGGAGGGGAAGCGCAGGAGAACGCUGUCAACGCAGGGCAUCCAGCGGUUCGCGAGAAGGAUGUCGACGUCGAAGCGGUCGGACUCCUUGUCGGGCGCACCUGGCAAGGCUGGCGGGUUCAUGGCGGCGCUGCGACGCGAGGGCACGACUGGGUCCAAGGACGACAGCAGCUCCAAGGAUGCGCGGGAGAGCCCGAGCGCGAGCGUGUCGAGCGACAUUGGACACCGUGACACGAAGAAGCUCAGCAAGAAGGACAAGAAGAAAGAUAAGAGAAAGAGUAUGAGCGGAGGUGUUUGAGUUUAGGUUGUGCGCGUCGAGCUGCCGUGUUCGCCGCGUCGACCUCCUCCCCCUCCCAGUGUUUCCUGGUUUUCCCCUCUGCAUGCAUCUCUGAAUUUUUCACGACCGUCACGAUACUGUAUUAAUGAACGUUCCCCAUCUGUCAUUAUCCCACACCGAGCCCGUCCCGCAUCUAUCUGUCAUUUCGCCUGCGGUCCUUUUGUGUUUAGGUGCCCUGUCAGCUGUUAUAUGCAUCAUCGCCGCCUGCCGUUAGCUUAUCGGGUGGGACUAGGCCGCGUUUGCGCCCAUUUCCCAGGCCGAGAAUAGAGGAGCCAAGGCACCGCCUGCCAAAUCGGGCGGUGGCGAGGACGUCAGAGGGUCUAGAGUCACGGGAAGCGCCGGAAAAUUUGGGUUCGGCAUCGGAGUCCGAAAAUCCGUGGGGGUAUAUAAUGGGGGGUGGAGGGCCUCUUGCCCCCCAUCCCA